UCGGAUGAUAUUGAUGAAGCUGGUAUGGCGAGACUUAUGAAGCACUUUCAAGGGGAGGAGUUGGACGAGAUUGCGAAAUAUCAGUUGGGCGCAUCAGGUGGAGACGGUGAAGACGACGAAGAGAGUCUGGAAGAGGAUCAAUCAUCAAAUAUGCCUUAUACUCCAGGUAAGCAAGCCUCCUUUUCUAUUCCCUUCGCACAGAUUUUCGACUGUGCCAACACGUCACUAGUGACCGCCGUCCUCUGCCUCCAAAAUUGCUUGCAUCAGGCUAAAGAUACUAAUACUCGCCCUAUCAACAGCCCCAUAAGGUCGGCCCCAACCUGCACGGCGUUUUUGGCCGUCACACCGGCAAAGCAGAGAACUAUUCGUACUCUGCUGCCAACAUCAACAAGGGCAUCGUAUGGGACGAGAACACCAUGUUCGAAUACCUUGGUACGUACGCCUACCGCCGGACCAUUUCGCCUAUCGGGCUUUUCGACCAGCGCUAUCACCCCCGAAAAUCCCAAAAAGUACAUCCCGGGCACAAAAAUGGCCUUUGCUGGCUUGAAGAAGGACAAGGACCGCAGUGACCUCAUUGCCUAUCUCAAGGACGCUGUAAGCAUCAUCCUCGUUUGCUUUACGUUGUCAUCCUGCUAA